CACACACACACACACACGAGGGAGAGAGAGAGAGAGAGAGCGACUCGUCCAUAAACACACAUUCCUCUGCAGUCUCUGUGAGGGGCAGGCUCAGAGUGUGCUGGAAGCCUGGUGCUGUUCUUUAGUGAGCCUCGCUCCAGUCGUUUAGUCACACAGGGAAACCAGAGCAGAGACGGAGGAGGAAGAGCAAAGCAGUCACACAAGAGGAGGUCUGACGACACGAUCCGUAUGCACUGACCCUUGUAUUUAACACAUGUAGACAUUGAUACAGUGCAUUGAUACACUGCAUUGAUACAGUGUAAAAAGGACCAUCUAUAUAAACACACAAGCUGUCACGGCGCAACACGUGUAUGCGGCGAGCCCUGGACGACUGGACUUCUGGCUGACUUCUGACCGGACACAUAGCGCUCCAGUGUGUGUGUACGUGUGUGAGCACACCGGAGAUGCCCUCCAGACCUUCUCACAGUAGGAGGUCCAGCACGGGGAUGGAUGACACGUGUUCUACAUCGACUGGGAUCCGUACAGCAUUCUGAUCCACUAAAAGAAAUACUGGCCCAAGACCGACCGCUGAACAGACGAAAAGUCAUCCAGAAGCCAACGAUAAAAGGACUUUACUUUUUCAACCUUUCCUCCAGGCUGGAAUGAUGUUGUGGAACAAGUUUGCCUGCCACUUGCUUUCGUUGGCAGCCCUACUGGUGGCAGUGGGCUGCAGCGGGGGGGAGCAUAGAAAAGGGACAGAUGGCAGUGCCAGCGGCGCAGGACAGGGCAGCACAGGUGGCAGCACGGGUAGCAGCAGCAGCAGCGGUAGUAGUAGUGAAAGUAGUAGCAGCAGUAAUCGGAGGUACCACAGAGUCCAGCAUGGACAGUGCACCUACACCUUUAUCCUACCUGAGGGCGACAGCAGUGGAGGGAAUUCGUGCCGACAAGGGAAAGCCGCGACACAGUUUAACAGCGCCAAUGCGCUGCAGAGAGACGCUCCACCCCUGGAGCAGGACUUCGCUUCCCAGAAGAUCCAACACCUGGAGCACGUCAUGGAGAACUACACUCAGUGGCUGCAGAAGAUUGAAAAUGACAUAAAGGAGAGCAUGAAGACAGAGAUGGCCCAGUUGCAGCAGAGUGCCGUUCACAACCACACGGCCGCCAUGUUGGAGAUGGGCACCAACCUCUUGUCCCAGACGGCCGAGCAGACCCGCAAGCUAACGGAUGUAGAGACGCAGGUUCUGAACCAAACCUCCAGACUAGAGAUUCAACUGCUUGAGAACUCCCUGUCCACCAACAAGCUGGAGAAGCAGCUCAUGGUGCAGACCAACGAGAUCAGAAAGCUCCACGACAAGAACGGGUUCAUGGAGCAGAAGAUGCAGGAGAUGGAGUCUCGUCACCGGGAGGAGCUGGGGACGCUGCGGGAGGAGAAGGGAAGCCUGCAGGCUCUGGUGGGGAAACAGAGUGGGGUGAUCCGUGAGCUGGAGACCCAGCUGACCAGGGCCACGGGCAACAGCACCGCCAUGCAGAGGCAGCAGCAGGAAAUGAUGGACACAGUGCACAACCUCAUCAGCCUCUGCAACAAGGACGGAGUCCCAAACAGCACGAAGCGGGUGGACGAAGAGAAGAAGUUUCGGGACUGUGCCGAUCUGUACCAGGCUGGUUUCUACAAGAGUGGGGUCUACACCAUACAUAUUAAUGCCCAGGAGACCAAAAAGGUGCAAUGUAACAUGGAGACCGCUGGCGGCGGAUGGACCAUCAUCCAGCGAAGAGAGGACGGCGGCCUGGACUUCCAGAAAACGUGGAAGGAGUACAAGAUGGGCUUUGGGACGGUUUCUGCAGAGCACUGGCUGGGGAAUGAGUUUGUAUACCUGCUGACCAGCCAGAGGCAGUAUGCCCUCCGUGUGGAGCUCACCGACUGGGACGGACACCAGGCCUUCUCCCUGUACGACCGCUUUCACAUCGAUAGUGAGAAACGCAACUACAGACUGUUCCUGAAGAGUCACAGUGGGACAGCAGGCAGGCAGAGCAGUCUGGUGAUCCACGGGGCAGACUUCAGCACCAAAGACAUGGACAACGACAACUGCAUCUGCAAGUGUGCCCUCAUGCUCACAGGGGGUUGGUGGUUCGACGCCUGCGGCCCGUCCAACCUCAACGGAAUGUACUUCACCAAAGGGCAACACGUCGGGAAGCUAAAUGGCAUCAAGUGGCACUACUUUAAGGGUCCCAGCUACUCGCUACGAGCAACAACCAUGAUGAUUCGUCCGCUGGACUUCUCAUAGACACCGAGUGCGUCCAGAAUGGCACCCUAUUCCCCAUGUGCAAUACUUUAAAUGAGUGCACUACAUAGGGAAUAGGAUGCCAUUUCAGACGCAACGUUAGAGUUUCUCCCCUUCACUCUCUGUAAGGCCAAUGGGACAGCUAUAUUAGGGGGAAUGCUUCCUGCUUUACCCUGUUACUAUCGUCUCCCCAUAACGACUUUGGAGUUUGUCCGGAUGGGAACUCUACACCACCUGGCUGUUGCUUGGUUAAUGUUACUUCAGAGUCAGCCUGGAAGUGUGGUUGGAGGGUAGAGGGCUUGUGGAACGAGAGAGGGGUCUCGUCUUAUCAUAGAGCUAGCUACACUGUGAGUGAUGAACUCCUUGCGAAGUCGGAGGACAAACUGCUUCGCUCUUUUUUUAAAUAUUUGACGCAUGAACUCAAGUAGAGUUCAGCUCUCACCCCAGGCCUGUGGACUCUCACCCCAGGCCUGUGGACUCUCACCCCAGGCCUGUGGACUCUCACCCCAGGCCUGUGGACUAUUGGGGUAGACUUCUCUCCUUUUUGGGAACUGACUGCAAAAUUGCAACUUCGUCUGCAUAUGAAGACUAUAUGACAGACCACACGACUACCCAUAGACUACAUGACAGGCUGCCUUCAGACUACACGACUCCCUAUGCGCAUCUGGAAUGUUCUCACAACCAUACGGGAGAAAAAGGCAUUUUUAUAGAGGUGUUGCACCAAGACAUUGGGACAUUGAACAAUGUUUUAUAUUUCAUGCUUUUUAUUCCUAUAUAGCCUAAUACAUUUGGCAUGAUUUUUACAUAAGUCACUCUGGAUCGUUUCUGGAGAGGAAAAGUCACAAGGUCACCAUCAGUAUAAAAUGUUGGUCUUACAUGUACUGCAGACUCCAAAGGCAGUUCUGAGAACAAGCCUGGCUCAGUCAAUGGUUUUGCUGCCACUUAUAUAGUUGUUGUCCUGCCAGAGUGCGCUGAUUAUUUUCAAAGUUGAAAAUGCCACGUUAUUAUUGGAUUUGGCAACUGACAGAGAUUUAUCUGCAGUUGGUAUUGGCUGACAACCAAUGGCUGCCAAGGCUAAAAAUGUGGUGAUCUUCUUUCCUCAUUUAAAUAUAAAAAAUAAUAUACUGUAACGAAUACAGAUAUAUAUAUAUAUAUAUAUAUAUAU